GAGGAGGAAGAGGAGGAAGGCUGCAGCUUCUCCUGUGUUUCCCGGCAACAACAGCAACCAGAAUCAGGAAUCCACCCGCUUUAUUUCCACCUCUUGUUCCAGUCCUUCAUCCUCCUUUGCUGCUGUCGCGUCCUUUCAUCCCUCUCUCUCCUGGAGUUACAGGAGGAGGAGGAGGGGGAGGAGGAGGAGGAGGAAGGUGGGAGGGGUUGAGCGGAGCAGCAUUGCGAUACAGACUGCAGGAACAGACUGAGGAGCUACAGGAGAGGAGAGAGGAGACAGCAGGAGGAAACGGAGAGAAAAACCAGGGAAUGAGGAGAAGAUGGAGACGAGGAGAAACAGAGGGAUGAGAGGAGAAACAGAGGGAUGAGAGGAGAAACAACCAGGAAAGAAGAGGUGAAGAGAUCAGAGAGGAGUUGGAUGGAGAGGAUGGUCGACUAGAGGAGCGGAUGAAGACGUCGAGUUUACAGGUGGAGGAGGACGGAGGGGAAACGUCUGCAGCUGCUCCCUAAAAGUUCCCUUUGAUCCGCCUGGUGGCAGACCGGGAUGAGACAGGAGGACAGACAGGAGGACAGAGAGACAGACAGGAGGACAGACAGACAGGACAAACCGGGGAACGCGUUCCUGAACAGAAAUGACUCUGAUGAAGUCGGCGUUCCUGAACUAGUUUCUGUCUUGAUCUGCUGGAUUUCCUGAACACUUUGAAAACAUUCCCACAUUUUCUCCUUGAAUGGGAUGAACUGAUGAACUAAUGGGAAGGAACCAGUUUGAGCUGCUGGACUCAGACUGGGAUGAGAAAACCUGUAAAUAAAAGGAUUUAGAUGGAAUCUGAUGGUUUUAUCCAAAGAGAAACUUUCUGAAGACUCAUUGAUGAACUUUGUGAAGCCGAGUCCAGUUUGCUUCGUGUCUGGAAGGAGAAAACGGACCGACGGACCGACGGGUCAACAGACCGACGGACCGACGCUGUGUCCGGCUGCAGGAGUUUAGCUGGAUGUUUUCCUGUCUCUGGAGGGAAGAACGUCUCCAGACCUCCAGCUGAUGGAUGGAGAACAGAAACUUUUCACCAAACCCUGAUGAAGCUCAGGAUCCAGAUUUGACAUGUUUGCAGUGAAAACUGACGGAUUCUCUGGAGCAGAAAGUUCCAGAUUUGAUGCUUAGCAAAUGUUUGAAUAAAUCUGGAUGCAUGAAUCCGACUGGAAAAACGAUCAAAUGUUCCUGGGAAUAAUAAAAGAUGAGUUUGAACCGUAUAUCUCUGGAUGCAGGUUUAUGGAACAUGAUCUCUUGGUCCAGUUUGACCAGUAAACGAAGCUCAGUUCCUGUUUCCGUUUGGGUUUUCUUCUCUCACUCGGAGUAAAUCUGCCUUUUCAUGAUGCAUCAGGAUGAAAACCAGUUUGGACAAAACCAGUUUGGACGUUCCAGGCCAAAGGCUGUGAGGAGAUGAUGGACUGGAAGGAUCUGGCGGCUCAGAAGCUCAGUUUGUCCCGCAGGAGGAAGUCCCAGCCGGACCCGGCGGCGUCGCCCGAGGCCCCGGCGCCGGACCCGCCGCUGUUCACCGGAGGCUUCGGCGGGGCCCUGCAGCUGUCGCCGCCCGCCGUCCCGCCAUGCCUCCUACGGGCCGGGUCAAAGGUCAAGGACACGCCCGGCAUGGGGAAGGUUCGGGUCAUGGUCCGCAUCAGCUCGGCUAACAGCAGCGACUCGGAGUCCAAGUCCUUCCUGAAGGUGGACGGCCGGAAGAAGCAGCUGACUCUGAUUGAGACUCCGAGCGGCGGGAACUCCACUUCCUGUCAGAGGCGACCCAUCGCCGCGGCUCCCAAGACCUUCACCUUCGACGCCAUCUUCACUCAGGAUGCCUCACAGGCUGAGGUUUGUUCUGGAACCGUGUCAGAGGUCAUCCAGUCGGUGGUGAACGGCGCCGACGGCUGCAUCUUCUGUUAUGGACACGCCAACCUGGGGAAGACGUACACCAUGAUUGGCCGGGACUGCUCCACCCAGAGCCUGGGCGUGGCGCCCACGGCCAUCUCCUGGCUCUUCAAGCUCAUCGAGGAGCGCAGGGAGAAAAGCGGGGCUCGUUUCUCUGUCAGAGUGUCGGCGGUGGAGAUCUCCGGCCAGGAGGAGGCGCUCUCCGACCUGCUGGCUGAACUCUCUGCCUCGGCGGGGGACCAAGCGGAGGCCCCGGGGCCGGCCGUGUCACUGCGGGAGGAUCCUGUCUGCGGCUCCCAGCUGCAGAACCAGACGGAGCUGCGUGUGACCAGCGCCGAGCGCGCCGCCUACUUCCUGGACGCCGCUCUGGCGGAGAGGAGGAGCAGCCGGACGCCGAGCGACCAGGACGCCCGGAGGAACUCCCACUUCCUGUUCACGCUUCACCUCUACCAGGAGAGGGCGGACAAGAGCAACAAGGCAACAGUGUCGGGCCGGAGUCGUCUCCACCUGCUGGACCUGGGCAGCUGUGAGACGGACAUCAGCCGGACCAGGGAGGGCGGCGCGGCUCAGUGUCUGUCCCUGUCCGCUCUGGGGAACGUCAUCCUGGCGCUGUCCAACGGGGCCAAGCACGUCCCCUACAGAGACAGCAAGCUCACCAUGCUGCUCAGCGAGUCUCUGGGUAACAUCAACUGUCGAACCACCAUGAUCGCCCACAUCUCGGACUCGGCGGCGAACUUCAUGGAGACGCUGACCACGGUGCAGCUGGCGUCCCGCAUCCACCGCAUGAGGAAGAAGAAAUCCAAAUAUGCCUCCAGCUCCUCCGGAGGCGACAGUUCCUGUGAGGAAGGUCCAUCCUGUCGACCUCCUCACGUUCAGCCUUUCUACCCCCGGAUCGUGGCUCUGGAUCCUGACCUACCGCUGCUGCUCUCCAGCGAUCCUGACUAUUCCUCCAGCAGUGAACAGUCCUGCGACACCGUUAUUUACGUUGGUCCCGGUGGAACGGCGAUAUCUGACCGAGAGUUGAGCGACAAUGAGGGCCCGCCUUCCUUUGUCCCCAUCAUUCCCUCCCUGAACAAGAAGCGAACCAAAGAUUCUCCCCGUUCAGACGGAGAUCACUUUAAGUGCAACACAUUCGCAGAGCUGCAGGAGAGGCUCGAUUGCAUCGAUGGCAGUGAAGCUCCAAACGCGUUAAGCACAGAGAGCAGAGCAGCACAACCAAUGAAGAAUCAAACUGGACCAGAAUCUGAUGAGAACUCCUCUCUAAACGUAACCGGACCAGACUCCAGACUCCCUUUGGUUGAAAGCCCAGUGGAAUCCUCCAAAAGGACCAGUGCUGAUGGAGAGAAACUCUCUGGUUCCCUCAUUCAGCCAUGUUCGGUACAGUCCAGUGAGCCUUGUUCAUCAGAUCCAGAGCCUGUGGUAAGAGAGAAGGUUAGAGGAGCCGUAACCAGACCAUCACCACCUCAGUCGUUACCCCAGAGGCCCUUAACAGCACCUGACUCAGGGGCACCUGUCAGCAGGACUCCCCCAGUGGGUAUGAGCUGUCAAGCACCAAGACAAAGCCAACCUGUGGAGUUACCAGACAGGGAAAGGUCCCAUCACUCCACAGGUUACGCCAUGGAGGUCAGCGGCCUUCGAGCGGCUUUGCUAGGAAGAUGCCUGGACAGAGACUUCCUCAGGACCACCAUCACGCUCCAGCAGCCCGUGGAGCUGAACGGGGAGGAUGAGCUGGUCUUCACCGUCAUAGAGGAGCUUCCUAUCGGCCUCGUCCCGGACAACGGCCGCCCCGCCAACCUCCUCAGCUUUAACCCAGAGUGUUCGCUGCAGGCCUUAGCUGCAGGUUCCGGUCCAGUCAGCAUCAUCAGCAGCAUCAAUGAUGAGUAUGACGCUUACACUACUCAGCAUGGAGUUACAGGAUCAGGCUGCCAUUCAUCUGCAGGAUUAAGACCCGCUGAAAGAGAAGACAGUACUUCAGCAAACAGGUUUUUCAUGAGAGGUGAGAGUACAGCAGCAGAGAGCGCGUCCUUCCUGACCUCACCAAGUAUUUACCAUCGACAGCCAUUUCUGCAGCAUGGCUUGAAGAGUUCGUUGAAUGACAGUGGUAUUUGUUUCUCAGAGUUGGAUAGUGAUCCCGCCACACCCAACAAACCAUCAUUUACCAAGGCCUCUGGUUUCCCUGAUUCCACCAAAGCCACACCUAAAGGAUCCUCUAAGGUGAGAGCUUUUAGCACUCCCACUUCUUCUCUCCACCACACCCAUCACUCCAGUCUUCCCAGGAAAACCAAGCCUACCUCUUCUGCGGCCGUAGGCAACAACACACAAGAGAACCUGUUGUUUCAGGGAAGCACCUUCGUUGAUCCAAGAGAGCUUGAGUUUCUCUCUGCAGGCAAGCCAAUGAGAAGUGGCACAGCUAGCUUUUCCCCCAAAAGGUCUGGAGGAAACAGCAACAGCGUUCCUCGAUCUCCGAAGACACAAAUGUCUUCCACAGCUCAGAGAGUCGUUGAUGGCUGCGAGAAGCCCAUCAGCAGAAGAGGAGAUACUCUCAUCAAGCUGCCACGGCUCACACGAGGUGCAACAACUCUGGGAACUGUUUCCACUUCACACAGCUCUGAAACGAAAUGUGGUCAAGUAGCUGCCAGUGUGACAGGGACAUUAAGGUUUUCAUCACUGGGGAAGAAGUCAAAUGGCCAGAAAAGUAGCAUGAUCUCUAAGUCUGGCUCUGGAAACAUCUCUCCUCCUACACCACUUAUCAGACAGUCCAGCCAAGAACAGAAGACAAAUUUUCCAAGUGCCUUAAAACCGAGCAGUGACAGUGGAAGGUUUGCUUUCCCUAAAAGCUUAACCUCAGAGGAGGAGUUCACCUUCAGGCACCGAGCAGAUUCAUUCAGUCACAACACGUCUAGUUUAAAAAUCGAUCACGGUUCUGCCAGAACAUCUUCCAGUCUGAAGACACGAGGAGCCAAAGCAGAUUCUCACAGGCACUAUGGUAGCUUGAGAUCUCUGGAGAGAGGAGACAGUCCAACCUCAACUCUGCUGAAACCAGAAGUGUUCAGAGAUGCUAAUGGUGCUGCUGCAGGAGGUACCUGCAAAUCCAACAGAUCUGUACCGAGACUUGGCCUUCCACCUUUAAACACUGCCUGUUCCUCCCAAGCCUCUUCUACUUUCCUUUCAACAUCCAGUAAACUAUCGCAGGUCCGAGGCAAUGGUAACUCCCGUGUUGCUGGUUCUGCUGGACUGAAGGUUCGAACAUCGUCAACCAGCAGCUCUAGAAGCCUGAGCUCCCCUCCUGGACCCAAUGCCAGCCUACCCCCAACUGGCAAACCUCCUGCCAGAGCUGGAACCGGAGUUAAGACGGGAAGGGGCACCAUCAUGGGAACCAAGCAGGUCAUCAGCAGGGCAGCUAACAGCCGGGUCAGCGAGCUCGCCGCUGGUCAGAAACAACUCAGCAGAGGGGCCGGAGAAAGCGAAGGUACCGACAGCGGGACGAGUGGCGUCAGCACGCUGCUGCCCUCGCCCUACAGCAAGAUCACAGCACCGCGACGGCCGCAGCGCUACAGCAGCGGACACGGCAGCGACAACAGCAGCAUCCUCAGCGGGGAGCUGCCCCCCGCCAUGGGCCGCACCGCCUUGUUUUACCACAGCGGGGGCAGCAGCGGCUACGAGAGCAUGAUCCGAGACAGCGAGACGACCGGCAGCACUUCGUCAGCCCACGACUCCAUGAGCGAGAGCGGAGCGUCCAACCGAGGCAGGGUGUCCAAAUCGCCCAAGAAGAGAGGAAACGGCGGCUUCCUGCGGCGGCGGCUGAUCCCCGCUCCGCUGCCGGACGCCUCCGGCCUGGGCAGGAAGGUCGGAGGUCAGUGGGUGGACCUGCCGCCGCUGGGCGGCGCCCUGAAGGAGCCGUUUGAGAUCAAGGUGUACGAGAUCGACGACGUGGAGCGGCUGCAGAGGAAGGAGGAGACGGGGUCAGAGCCGCCGCUCCAGGACGUGGAGAAGGUCCUGCUCCGGCGGCAGCAGCGACUGGAGGAGCUGAGGCGGCGCCAUGCGGAGCUGCAGGCGGAGCUGCAGCAGGCGAAGCUCCACCUGCUGCAGCGUCCCGGCAGGCGGAGCUCAGAGUUCGACGUGGACCAGAACCUGGACCGGGAGUCGCAGGAGUACCUGGAGGCUCUGGCACAGGCCACGGCGGAGCUGGAGCGCUGCGUCAACCUCUGCAAGGCCCGCGUCAUGAUGGAGACCUGCUUCGACAUCAGCGUCGCCACGGCAACGAGCGCCGCCGCGGUGCAGGACGGCCGCCACAGGGUGUAGGCGCCAUGGAAACGGAGCGAAACACAAACAAGAUGGGAGCUUUGGAAGUGCCUUUUUACUGGAUUUAUUAUUAAUUUGAACUUCCUUAUUUAAUUAUUUUAUUCCUUAUUUAUCAUAUUUUGUAUUUAUUUUGGUUUUAAUGGUGCUGAAAUCUUCGUUAUGCAACAUAAUUUAGAAAAUAUCAGUAAAUUUGUAAGAUGAAAGCAGAGUUUAGGUAGAAAGAGGAAGAGAUCCAACCUCAGGUUUGUGUUUCUGCUGGUUGUUUUAUUGAGACGUUUUUACAGAAAUUGUUGAGAUAUUGGCGGUUCUGUCAGAAUCCAGAGAGCCGAGCGGCUGGAACCCGAGUCCGGUUCUGGAGAGAGGUGAGCUGCUGUCUGGACAGUUACACUGUAAAAACAGCAGUAAUUUGAUUUAAUUAGCCUUCCAAAGAGAAAGAAAUGUUAGCGUCAGAUUUCCAGUCAUAGUUUCACUAUAUUGUUCUCAUAUUUAUUGAUGUCAGAUUUUCAAACUAAAUAUUUAGUUUGGAAGACAAACAUUUAGUUGCAAACUAAAUGUUUACA